AUGGAGCCGGGAGCAGAACUUGGAUGUGGUCAUUUGGGGACGGAAAUUGAUAUUCGACGAAGAUUGGCGUAUGUCUCAGAUGACUACUCAGUGCAGAAAACAAACGAUGAUGCUACUGAAUGCAAAUACAUAGCAUCGAAACUAAAUUAUUUCAAAGAUCCAUAUAUCCAUCGAUUUAUAUUGGGCAGUGAAUAUAAUCUUCGUCGUGAUCCUGAAAUUUCACGUGGUUAUUGGGCUAGGAUUGUCUCAGUUAAGGCCGUUGUGGAUGCAUUUUUGAAGGCAUCUCCUGAAAAAUGUCAAAUCAUUAAUCUUGGUGCGGGAUUUGAUACUUUGUAUUGGCGGCUGAAAGGCGAGGGAAAACAUCUCCAUCGGUAUGUCGAAGUGGAUUUUAGUUCUGUCACUGCGAAAAAGAUUCGACAAAUGCGAAGGCCUGGCUCACCUGAUCUUAUUUCUAUGUUUUCCAGGGAGCCAAAGGAAGUGGAACAUGCAGAUCUCCAUGCAGGUGACUACCAUUUGGUUGGUGCGGAUUUGAGGCAAUUAAAUGAAGUCAAGGAAAAGCUUGAUAGUUGUCACCUUAAUUAUAAAACACCUACAUUAUUUAUCGCAGAAUGCGUUUUGGUGUACAUGGGAACAAGCCAGAGUGACGUACUUUUGUCAGCAUUUGCUAAAUGGUUCGAUAAUGCUUUUUUCCUGAACUAUGAACAGGUGAAUAUAGGCGAUACGUUUGGCAAAAUAAUGGUAUCAAACCUUCAUGAACGUGGUAUAAUUUUGCCAGGCCUUGAUGCAUGUGAAAAUUUAGAUGCUCAGAAAAAACGCUUUAUGGACAGUGGUUGGAAGAAUGUUGUUGUCAAAACAAUGUGGGAAAUUUAUGGAACAGAAAUUCCGGAUAUGCAAGUGAAAAGGAUUGAAAAGCUGGAAUUAUUGGACGAAAAGAUCUUGCUUUCGCAGCUACUUGAACACUAUUGCUUCGUUAUUGCUUCAAAAAGUGCUCAUACGCUUGAUUUUGAAUGGAAAAAAUAA